AUGUGCUACGACCGCUACGUUGCCAUCUGCAAACCCCUGCACUACGGGACCCUCCUGGGCAGCAGAGCUUGUGCCCACAUGGCAGCAGCUGCCUGGGCCACUGGGUUUCUCAAUGCUCUGCUGCACACAGCCAAUACAUUUUCCCUGCCCCUGUGCCAGGGCAAUGCCCUGGGCCAGUUCUUCUGUGAAAUCCCACACAUCCUCAAGCUCUCCUGCUCACACUCAGGUUACCGCAGGGAAAUUGGACUUAUGUUUUUUACUAUCUCUUUAGGACUUGGCUGUUUUGUUUUCAUUGUUUUCUCCUAUGUGCAGAUCUUCAGGGCUGUGCUGAGGAUCCCCUCUCAGCAGGGACGGCACAAAGCCUUUUCCACCUGCCUCCCUCACCUGGCCGUGGUCUCCCUGUUUGUCAGCACUGCCACGUUUGCCCACCUGAAGCCCCCCUCCAUCUCCUCCCCAUCUACGGACCUGGUGGUGUCAGUUCUGUACAUGGUGGUGCCUCCAGCACUGAACCCCUUCAUCUACAGCCUCAGGAACCAGGAGCUCAAGGAUGCCAUAAGGAAA